AUGUCAUACAACGGAAUCGGACUCAGCACAGCCCGUGGAUCAGGCACAAACGGAUACGUCGUCCGUAACCUCAGCACCAUCAAGUACAGGCAGCGAGACUUCAAGCCAACGGAUCCCUACGACGACGAACCCAAGCUCCGCAAACCAAACGCUGAGCUCGUCCUCCACGAACAAAAGCGCUCCAUUGAGAUCAAGUGCGCCACCCUCCAGGACGAACUCGAAGACGAAGGACUGGAAGAGGCUGAAAUCGAUAGGCAAGUCGAUGCACUGAGACAGAAAUUAACAGGACUCUUGCAGAAGGCAACUGCCGCGGCAGCGUUGGCCGCGACCCAGGCCGCAGAACGGGAGGUGGCCAUGGUGGCUGCGGCAAAGGCAAGGGCAGAGCAGCAGGCAGCAAGGGCAGCCGAAACAGCAGCGCCGUCAUCAAAGCGAUCCAGAGACUCCUCCAAGGACUCGGACUCGAAGGGUCGCCAAUCCCGUGGGCGCUCGCCUACUCCCAAGAGACGCCACUACUCCUCCUCUUCUGCCUCUUCUCGAUCCCCAUCGCGUUCUCGCUCUCGCUCAGCGUCAUCAGCAUCCCCUUCUCGCUCACCUUCUCCAAAAUCCGCCAGGAGGCGUCGAUCGUACUCAAGCUCCCGCUCUCGUUCCCCUCCAGCAAAGCAACCCAAGACGACUACACGCUCGCCCUCGAGGUCCCCUCCUAGGUCUCCUGCGGCUUCUCGCUCACUCCGAACGGAAUCAACUACCAAGAAAGACCGCACUCUCUCUCGCUCCAGAUCCCCUGUUGCCAGACAUCAACUGGAGCCAGUGAGCAAACGGGAGACGUCGCGUUCUCGUUCCAGGUCGCCUGUUGGCAGCCGCAGACCCGAAAAGGAGUCAGCCGCCAAACGGGGUCGUUUCUUCUCUCGCUCCAGAUCGCCUGUGUACCGUCGCAAAGUUCAAAAGGACGCAGCAGUCGUCAAACGAGACCGUCUCUUCUCCCGCUCCAGGUCUCCUGUCCGUCGCACGGCCCAGAAGGAGGCAGUCGAAAAACGGGAGCGUUUGUUCUCUCGGUCCCGCUCGCCUGUUUCCCGUCGUAACACCCAGAGCGAAACCGUCGCCAAGAAGAAUGAUCGAGUCAACCGUGUCAGUGUCAGUGAUGACGCGGAUGUCUCAGCCCACCAGGAACAGACGCGUCUUCGCCAAUCAGAGCAUACCAGUUCGAACCCACGCCAGGGGCCUCGCCUUCAAGACUUUGAAGAAGGCGCUACAGGUGAAGGCACAGGAGAGGAAGUGCCACCCAGAGGGAUGCUAGCUCAGCCUAAUGGUCCUUGCCCAGAUUCAUUUCAGUACGACAACAACAACGAUGAUAACGAAGGCGACAAUAAUGGACCAAUAUUCUUUACACAUCAUGGGCAACAGUUGCGGCAUAUUUCCGACUCUGAUCCUAAUGGUCCCAACCCUCAAUUCGGGAGCAAUAGCAGCAACACCUUCAUGAACUCCAACAACACCAUCUUUCCCAGCGACAGUGAUGGUCAUAUCAGCCUGAGUAGCCCUCAGCUCUCUGCUCAACAACAACAACAACAACAACAACAUCGUCAACAGCACCAGGGAAGCAGAAUCUCUCUCAUGGACAAUGACUACUCAAUCCCUGGUGAAACGACCCUCCAUAUGGAUACGCCAGAUGAAGAUUCCAACGGGUCUGAAAGAUUAGCUGCGAGGUCUGGCUUUGAGGAAGAAGGAAGAGAAGAGACAGACAUUGAGAGAUACUCUGGACUGAUCAUGAAGUCUAUCGCACAAUCAGCUACACGCAAGAUCGGGAGUCGUUCAGAGACCAGCUGUUUGCAGGAGGAUCUCAGUCGUGACCUGGAGUUAGGAAAGCGAUUGUCGAGGUCCGGCACAGAUCUUCCGCCGCCUUCCCUGAUGGGCCAUACAGGGAUAUCAUCCUCUCCUCCUCCUGGCUCAUCUGGCAAACAUGACGACAAUGGAAAAGCAGCAACUGAGGAUACUAGACACGAAGGCAUUGAUGCGGCAAGCGGGAGUAACGGCACAAAUUCGAAUCCUCGACUUGCGGCAUUCAGUUUCACCUCCCUGAGACUGAACGGUCUCAUGAGCCGUCUUUUCGGUUCACAACACACCUCUGGAUCCUCAAACGACGUCAGGAAUCAAAGCGCAGGACCUUCUUCCUCUGAUGGAGACCGAGCAGCAGCCGAGGGGUCUUCUUCUUCGACAGGGUUCGGACCCCGAUCAACAACAGCCGAACAAACCCUGCAACAUAACGAGAAAGUGGAUGAAACAAAAUCACAACAGCGCACGCCCAAGGUACAAAUGUCGCGUCCUGGAGGCAUUCUCUCGAACCUGCUCAAACUGCAAGCCUUGUCGGUUCCGCCACCUUCCUCCAGUCGUCAUAGGAAACGACGCCGUACACGCCGGAGGAGCAGUCAACAGGCAACGGUAGUAGCAGCAGCAGCAGCAGCAGCACGGAGAGAGAACUUUCGAAAACUCUCCAUCGGCGCAGAACUCUUGUCGCCAUCGAGUUCCACCAGUCAGAUCUUACGGACCAGUCGAAGCGCGAGUGUCCUCUCCCUUCCUGGUCUGGUCAUGGCUGCGCCCUCUGGAGUGGGAUUUGCCCCACCAGCUAUGCCAGCAGCCAAUGAGGGUGGAAGCGAAGGUGGAGCAUCGUCUCCGGUCGUCUCGACGGCUUCUUCGACCGCCGGCGCCUUCAGUGCCCAAGGCUCGCUUUACUUGAGAUCAUCACCGUCGGUCUUUGCAGCGACAACGGCAGCAAUGGGACUCCAGCCUCCUUCAAAUGUAGAGCGGCCUCUAAACGGAACAGCAGGACGGGAACGGAAAGAGUCGACACAGUACCUACAGAUGACUCCACAGGCACAUUCGACUCGGAGCAGCAUCUCGGCUGACGAUAGCACGUCCAUGUAUUCUGGGGUCUCUCACAACCCCCAGUUGGAGGCGAUGCGGUUACACCAACAGGCUGAACUGGCAGAAGUGUUGGCGGACAUUAUGUUGCGGCAGGAUCUGUUGAUUCGACUCUGCAAGUCGUUGAUCCGCUAUGGCGCGCCGUCUCACCGGAUCGAGUUGGCCAUGGAGGCGAUGUGCAAGACCUUUGGAGUGGAUGGGUCGUUUGCGUUCUUGCCAGGUCUGAUGAUGAUCUCGUUCGGGGAUUCGGAUACUCAUACGAGCGAGACGCAUCUAAUCAAGUGUGCCCAGGGGUUUGAUAUGGGUCGUCUGGCCAAGGUCAACAAGAUUGCAAGGGCGGUGGUCUAUGGAGAUUUGGAGCCGUCCGAGGCCUUGAUGGAGCUCAAGGAGAUCAACAACGAGAAACCGCCCUAUGGCAUGUGGGUCAUGCUUGCGUCCUUUGCAGUGUCGAGCGGUCUGAUUGCGCCCCUGGUCUUCAAGGGGAGCUGGUACGACAUGUUGGCGGGGAUGGGUCUUGGUUCGGUGGUUGGAUUGACAUCGCUGUUGGCGUCGCGGUAUUCGGUCUACUCGAACGUGUUUGAAGUCAGCACCAGCAUUGUGAUUGCGUUCGUUGCCAAGGCCUUGCGGGACUAUGUCUGCUUCACGGGCGUGGUACUCAGCGGGAUUGUGAUGCUCCUCCCCGGACUCUCCUUGACGACGGCGAUCAUGGAACUCUCGUCUCGAUACAUGAUCUCGGGAUCUGUACGGAUGUUUUAUUCGCUCAUCUAUUGUCUCUUCCUCGGCUUUGGUCUCUCGAUCGGAUCGAAUCUAUGGGACGUUUUCAAGGAGCCACCCCCAGGAGAUCUCAAGAUGGGCUACUGUCAUCCGGCGACUGAGCCCUGGCGCUGGGUCCUGUUCCCACUUUUGGCCAUCUCCUUUAAUAUCCAGCUGUACGCAACUCCGAAACAGUGGCCCGUCAUGAUUGUCUGCAGCUCGGUCGGCUAUGCGGUCAGUGAGUUUGCUGGCUUGUAUUGGCCUCACUCCUUGCAUAUUGCUGCGGCCGUCAGUGCCUUUGUUGUUGGACUCUUGGGCAACAUCUACGAACGCCUUACACAUGAGCUUGCAUUCGUACCCAUCUUGGGGGCCAUUUUGCUGAUUGUCCCUGGAGGCAUGGGUGUCCGAUCAUCCUUGCUAUUACUAGACCAGACCGGGAAUGCAGCCCAAGGCACUGUCUUUGCUCUCCAGAUGAUCAUUGUUGCCCUCAGUAUUGCCGUCGGUCUCUUUGCCUCUACCCUCAUUGUCUAUCCUCUUGGAAAGAAAAGGAACGCGCUUUUGACAUUUUAA